UAACGGCAGCGUUCGGUUGCCAUAGUAACAGAAAAAAGCGCUGCGUGUGUGUUGCGGUUCCGUUGUGAGUCAGAACCAGAACGUGGCUUUUUGAGGAUCAAACCAACCAAACCUGGUUCAACAUGGAUGCUGACUUAUUAACCUACUCCCUGAACUUCGUAACCGGUCAAGGGGGGGCGUACAGCACCGAAAAAAUCAUCGCUCUGAAGACGUCCUUCGAGAUUCUGAAGCAAAAGUACAAGUUCCAACGAGUUCUGCUCUGGGGCAAAAUACUGGCGAUGAAAAACAUCUACUACAUCGCCCAAGGGAGAGGACAAGACGAGCUGGCAGACAGGAAGUACCUGUACAGCUUUGACUGCAUGAACUGGUUCCUCCUCCCCUCCAUCACGGACUCCAUGAUCCAGCAGGUAGCUGCAAAUGCAAGGGGUCCUUUCAGAGGGGAGCCGUCUUUUGUGUACCCAGCAAGGACCCACCGCAGUGAUGGAGAUAAAGGUGCAGGGUUGGUGGCGACUGAGGAGAUGAGGCUGGCUGUGACGGUUAAGCAGAUCGAUGAAGAAGUGUCUGUGGUGCCUCGAGGAGCCUUCAUCAAGACUGGUGAUCUUGUUCAGCUCAAUCGCAGCUUUGGCGGUCUUUCUAAAGCAGAGGGAAAGUCGCUUGACAAUUACAUGCACUUCAGAGAACCAAAGAGCAUAAAGAAGGAAGACGUCCAGAAGAGGGGAGAUUGGUGCCCAUCGUUUGACUUCCUGGAUGUUCUUAGUGAUGACGUCCCAAAAGGAUCAUGGUCUCUUCAAUGGGAAAGUGACGAUAAAGUGUACAUCCUCAGCAGCCUCCUAUGGCUUGGUUUGGCCUUCUACCACGUGCCGACGACCCCGCACCACGGAUACAUCUACUUCGGCGACGGGCAAAAAAAUGUACACCUUGCUCAUAUGAUUUAGUAGACUUCUUUUUCUUUAGCGUGGCGUUCUUUUAAUCACCAAGAGUUGUGCAGUUUGGUUUAUUCUACCUUUUAAUAGUUGUUCAUAAAAAGUAUUGUUACACAGCAGGAGGAGGCAAACAGGCUGGUUUUAUUGAAACGUUUGUUCAGGAUACCAUUUCGUGGCCAAUGUUCUUAAGUUGGACCCAGAUUAAUAAAAGUUUAAAUGAA